AAAUUUAUAAUCCUAACAACCCAUGAAGUAAACGCAAAUGCGCCUGAUCAAUAGAAGUUAAAUCCGUCGAGAUAAGCUUGCAUUUUGCAGACAAACUCAAGAUUUAUUUUGUAGUGUCAAGGAUAAAAGUUGAUUUGAUUCUUAUAUAAUUCUGUAAUUCGUUGCAUAAGUUUCAUAAAAUGACUUUCAUUUGAUGCUUGACAUCCAAGUAGCAAAUUGAAACUAAUAAAUUAUGGGUGCUGGUAAAGGCAAGAAAGGAGAGUCUGUCAUUCGUAUUUUAAUAAUAACAAUAGUAAUUCUUGGAUUGACAUGCGUUGGUCUGCUAAUUGGCUUGCUUGUGGCUUUACGAAAGGAAGGUGACGAGGAUAAUGGAAUAGUUCCUUGUUCAGUAGAUGACAUAUUCAAAGAGGAACACGAUCCUGAAGUACCAGGAGUUUUCGAUGACCUUACGGACACUGAGAUUAAAGGACUAAAGAAAUACUUAUAUGAACAAUCAGGUCUGGAUUUAGUGCUCCCGUCAGGAAAUAAGAGCAACGCCAAUUACGUAUUUGUUGCUGAGCUUCAUCUCCCUAACAAGACAUCUGUUAUUGCUCAUCUGGAUAACAAAGGGGAACGGCCACCUAGAGAGGCUAAAGUCAUUGUAAUCCGUGGAAAAAGUCCGAAUAAAGAAAUCAAUGAGAUCGUUGUCGGACCUCUCCCGACCCCGACAAAACAUUGGCCGUUACCAGGAAUCAACGCAUCUUUGCCGUAUUUCUACAGACCAAUGACGGAAGCUGACUAUGGUUCAGUUACACAAUCAAUAACUGAUCAAGUUCACGAACGACUUGGGGAUCUAAUUCAAACAUGUUUUGGAGCCAAAUUAAAAGACUGUGGAAAUAAGUGCAUUGGAUUUUAUUACGCAUCAUCUUUUUCGCCAGCGUCGAGUGGUGAGCAAAAGAGAAAAACCUGGUAUUGGCUGACAUAUGCUGUCGAAUAUUAUACUCUCCACCCUGUUGACUUUACCGUGUUGGCAGAUAUCAAAGACACUAGCGUUGAUAUUGAAGUCGUUUGGUUUAAGGGUAACCAGUAUAAAUCGAUGAAUGACCUUUCUUCGUUAUUUAGAAACAAAAGUGUGAAAUGUGUUCCACAAGCAUUUCCUACGGUUGACAAAAAACUUUUCACUACUCUUCAUAGGAGAGGGAAAAUACCUGAAACAGCUAAAAAUAAACGGCAGCCCUGUUUUUGUUGGUCAUUUGAUUUUCGGUUUAUCCACAUCUUUUAUGGGCCACAGGUAUAUGACAUUAGAUUUGAAAACGAACGAAUUAUUUAUGAACUAGGUCUCCAAGAGGUUUCAGUAUUCUAAUCUGGACACAGCCCCCAGCAACGGUUUUCCGACUAUAUGGAUUCCGCUGAACUUAUAGGACCAUCUGCACAGGGGCUAAUUCCUGGUGUAGAUUGUCCAAAUCACGCUACAUAUUAUGACACGAAGCAUAUUACAGAAACUUCAGACCCUGCUGAUGUAACAAAGAAUGUCUUCUGUUUAUUUGAAUUAAAUACAGGAGAACCACUGAGAAGGCAUCAUUCUUACUAUGAAUCCGAAGGUAAAUUCUACGAAGGCAUGGUGAAUGUGUUUUUAGUUCUCAGAACAAUCGUAACGGUGGUUAAUUAUGACUAUGUACUCGACUUCCGGUUUUACCAAAAUGGCGUCGUCGAAGUAAAGAGCAUGUCUACAGGCUAUGCUUUGACUAACGCUUUCUCAGAGAUGGAGAAAAAAUAUGGAUUUCAGUUACAUGACAAUAUUGUUGCGAGCUUUCAUACACACAUGUUUCAUUUUAAAGCCGAUCUGGACGUAAAAGGUCAAAGCAAUAGAUACGAAACUAUAGAUAUUAAAACAGAAACAACACCAAAUGAAUUUUCUAGAAAAAUCAACUCUACAUACAGUCAAGGAUAUCUUGAGAAAUCUAUAAAGCGCAAAGAGAAAGAUGCAGCUUACAAAUUUAAUUUUGAAACACCGAAAUAUCACAUAUUCUAUAACAAUAAGACAAGAGAUACAUACGGGAAUCCUUCAGCAUACAGACUUAUCCACAACGGUAUGGUAAAGCAAAUUAUUCCAGAAGGUCAUAAUAAGGAACCAGCUAUAAGUUGGGCGAGGUACCAGCAUGCUGUGACUAAACGGAAAGACACAGAAGCUCAUAGCAGUUCCAUGUACUCCAUGUUUGAUACAGAUAACCAGGUUGUCAACUUCCAGGGAUAUAUAAAUGAUAAUGAAAACAUCAUGGACGAGGAUCUUGUUCUGUGGGUGACACUAGGUGUUCAUCAUAUCCCACACAAGGAAGAUCUGCCUCUUACAACUACAACGGGCCUCUCACAUAGCUUCAUAUUACAACCUUAUAACUACUUUCCAGAAGACCCAGCUAUGGCCUCACCUAACGCCGUACGAAUAGAGCCGAAGAAUGCCGGAGUUUAUAUAGAACGAUAUGGAACUCCUGAUGAAUCAAAGAAUACCUGCGUCCCCAGAAAGACAAACUUUGAAAACAAUAUCAAAUCAAAUGCUAAACUGAUUUUCGAAUAGCAUUCGUAAUCUUUAUUUUUCAAAUAUAUACAGAUGUAGUUUAUCUAUAUGUACAUUUUAAAUACUAAUAAUAAAUACUUUCAUAUCAAUAUCAAUAUAAAACUACUACGUAACUAAAACAUGUAUUAUCUGAGUAAAAUAGCUACAGAUGACUGUCCAAGGUAAGAUUUUUUAAGAUUGCACUUAAAUUUACAGUCAUAUCUAUGCCCAAAUUGUUUGUUUUUCUCAAAAGAAAUAUGUUCAAACUUCUUCACAUUUUAAUUUGUAGUAAAAUUUUAAACGGACGAAACAAAUUCUGAUUCAUCACAUAACUAUAGUGUCAUUGUUCCUUUAGCAGUUUCAGAAUAUUUUAUUUCAAGCACUAUCAUAUUUAUCAAAGGACCAGAAAAAUAUACAAUGGAAAAGUUGCAAUAUAAAUAUUUAAAGGGUUUUGUACAAAUAAAGGACAUCUUAAAUAAUUGGUUUCCAAUAUCUGGUUCAAUAAUAUUUACUUGCCCUAAAUGCGAUUUCUGUUUCGUGCGCCAAAAAAUGUACAAUGUAUGAACAGCAAACAUGAGGAGUUACAAGACUAUCAAAGCAUUUCCUAGAAUAUUCACGGAAAUAACCCUUAUUAUGACUUGUCAAAUGUUACAGAACGUUGUUUAUAAACGAAAGUGUUAUCAAAUUUUUUAUACACCCCUUGAAUAGCAAGACAUACCAAACAAAGCUAUGCCAAAUGGAGGCGUUAUUCAGCAGCAUUUAUUCUGGAAAAAAUGUUAUUGUUGUUGUUGGAUUUUUCACCGCACAAACACAGUAUAGAUUAUAUGGCGAAUUUCACUUUCCAGUACGUUGCAACAUUUACAAACGUUUUCUGAAAUAACUAUGUUUAUCGCAAUACUAGUCAGGACUAUAUUUGCAUAUCUUCAGACAAUAUAGACAAAGAAUUCAAUUUCAUUGGGUUAUGCUUUCUUAAUAUUUUUUUCUGUUCUCUUGAGUAUUUCAGGUUCAUUUUGAAUAGUAAAUAAAUGAUAUUCAGAUUCUUGAGGUGUAUAAGGAAAGGGUAAGGAAUAGCUAAGAAUAAUAAUGUGUCUGUAAUAUCAAUUAUUUAAAAUA